CAUUACACCACUCGGUCGCUAUUGAUCACCAAACGGAUACUUAAUGUGAAUGUUUUGUUAGGUUUAUUUUGUUUUUAUGUGGUGUUCACUGUAUUUUGGCUGCGGACCUCUCCUUUCGAAUCGAUUUGAUCCUUGAUUUAUUGAAUUUACCGCCAAACUCCGAAUUCCCCAGCAGGUUACCAUUAUUAUGUACAACUUGAUGGUAUUUUAAACGUAUGAAUGGAAUUUUAAUAUCGGAUGGUCGUUUCCAUGUGGUUCUUGAAUGCAGCGCCAUCGUCUUUCGUUCCCACAAGCUCGAGCCACAGGUGGCUAGUUAUUUAGCUGCAGAAAUAGCGGGUGUUAUCGGCUUCUUAUGUAAACACAAAAUUCAAUUUUCAUUCAAAGUGCAAAACGUUCAAAAUCAACAAAGGGUUACUAAAAAACAGUCGAACAGAACACCGUAUUAUCUGAGUUCGACAGGUCAGGUCUGAGUCAGUUGCUGAAGGCGCACUGUUUGACAUGGAAGUACCGUUACAGAUCAGCGGGGUGGUCCAACUUUCCCAUUGACAACAUUAGAUUGACAUCUUUUAGCAAGUGCCCACAAUGGGGUCGGUUUUGGAGGAUCCGACCCUAGAGAGACACUUCAAGGGACAUAAAGAUGCUGUCACAUGUGCAGACUUCAAUCCAAACUGCAAACAACUGGCCUCAGGGUCAGUGGAUAAGAGCCUGAUGAUCUGGAAUCUGGCUACAAAAGCGAGGGCUUUCCGCUUUGUUGGCCACCAAGAUGCCAUCACUGGUGUGCAGUUCUCCCCCUUUGGUAACCUGGUGGCUACGUCCUCCAAGGACAGAACAGUCCGACUGUGGACACCUUCCAUGAAAGGAGAGUCAACAGUGUUUAAAGCCCACACGGCCGCUGUACGCAGUGUUGGUUUCUCCCACGAUGGCCAGAGACUGGUGACAGCGUCUGACGACAAGUCUGUCAAAGUGUGGAGUGUUCACCGGCAGUGCUUCGUCUACUCUCUCAACCAGCACACCAACUGGGUGCGCUGUGCCAGGUUUUCUCCAGAUGGGCGGCUAAUAGUUUCCUGCGGAGACGACCGUGCCGUCCGGCUAUGGGACACAUCCACCAAACACUGCAUUAACUGUUUCACUGACUAUGAAGGACCAGCAACGUUUGUUGAUUUCAACUCAAGCGGCACCUGUAUUGCAUCCUCAGGAGCUGACAGUUCAUUGAAAAUCUGGGAUCUACGGACCAACAAGCUGAUUCAGCAUUAUCAAGUCCACAGUGCAGGAAUCAACAGUUUUUCCUUCCACCCAUCCAACAACUACCUGAUCAGUGGCUCCAGUGAUAGCACUGUUAAGAUCCUAGACCUGCUGGAGGGGCGCCUCAUCUACACCCUCCGUGGACAUAAAGGCGCUGUAUUCACUGUAGCCUUUUCCAGGGCUGGAGAUCUCUUUGCUUCGGGGGGAGCUGAUGGGCAGGUGCUGAUGUGGCGGACAAACUUUGACACCAAAUCCUACCAGGACAUCCUGCAACAACACAGCUGGAGGUCCACCCCCGAUCCACCACCCCACCUGACUGAUAUCCACCCCAGAGGACCCCACCUUCAUCACCCACAGCCCACAGCCAUUCAGAUCAGUCCAACAGUGGCAGACACUCAGUCCACUAAUCCACAUGUCAUAGAGUUGGGCCAAGCUGUUCACAGCACCACAUUAUUAAAUGGCCGGGCACACUUGAACAGUCACCACUCGAGCGGUUUUCCCCGGUGUCACGUGGGCAGUUCAAGAGUGGAAGGAUGGAUGAGAGAGGAAAGUGCCGGUAGGGCAGGUGCAACUGCUGGGAGCCAGAGUGGGGCCAGCAGGAGAGGAAGAGGAAGGAGAGAGGAAGAGGAUAGAGGGCAGACGCACCCACUGGAAGUUCUCUCCGGUCAUCCAUCGAGUCUGGACUCUACCCUGCGGCACAUUGUCCAACAGUUGGAUAUUCUCACUCAGACUGUUUCAGUGCUGGAGGAGCGUCUCACCCUGACUGAGGACAAGGUGAAGGAGUGUCUCAUCCACCAAACCGAGAUUCUUAAAGACAUGCGAUCAUCAGGGGAGAGGCGGAGCACAGAGAGUGAGGGGACCGAUGGAUCACCUGUCCAAUUCACUUGAGCACGGCCUUGCCCUCCUUCAGACUGUAGCACAAACACACAGGCUGAGUUAUAUUGCUUAACCACAAGACUGCUGGACACGAGUGUGUGUGUAGGUGUUUGUAGGUGUGUUUAUGCAUGUGCGUGUGUCUAUGUACGUUUGUGUCUAUGUACGUGUGUGUACACCUUGGUGGUCUCUCUCAGGGUCAGUAGGUUAAUCAGGAUUUGGGUUGGGGUUAAAGUGAGUUUUUGUGUGUGUGUGUGUGUGUGUGUGUGUGUGUGUGUAAAACCAGCAUAUUUUCUUCAUGUCUUUCUUCACCUCUUAAGGAUAUCCAGCUGUACAGCCAAGCACAGUCUGGCUGGGACAUUCCUGUGUGUGUGUGUGUGUGUGUGUGUGUGUGUGGAUGUGGAUGUUAUGUCCAAUCGGGACAGCUGCAGCUAUGAAAACAGACGGUGCUUGUAUGCCGUAUGACCUCUCUAUAUGUGUGUGUAUUUACAUGUGUAUGUUUGUGUUUUAGCACAUGUUUUAGCAGUUGGUUGCUUAUGCAAUAACAUUGUAAUCUGUUUGCAUCUUUAUAUAAUGCUAUGUCAUUUUUAAACCAAGUCAUGCUGCAUAAAGCUUCAAAUACACAUCAAAUUAUAUAUGAAUAAAUGAUAUUCUAUAUUGCACUAA